AUGAAUCCAGACUAUGAUUAUCUACUUAAGCUACUACUGAUAGGUGAUUCGGGAGUGGGGAAAUCAUGUUUAUUGCUAAGAUUUGCUGAUGAAACAUUUAACGAAACGUAUAUCAGUACUAUCGGUGUUGACUUCAAAAUACGCACUAUUGAUUUAAAUGGCAAGGUUGUGAAACUCCAAAUUUGGGAUACCGCUGGUCAAGAGCGUUUCCGAACAAUUACUUCUUCAUACUACCGCGGUGCCCAAGGAAUUAUAAUUGUGUACGACAUAACUGAUCAGUCAACAUUUGCAAACGUCCAAAGUUGGCUCCACGAAAUCAGUUGCUAUGCUAACUCUACAGUCAGCCGUCUUUUAGUGGGUAACAAGUGUGAUUUGGCGAAUCGACGUGCUGUUGAGACGUCCGUUGCGAAGGAGUUUGCUGAUAAAAAUCAAAUGUCUUUCAUAGAAACCAGUGCUAAGGAUGCUACUAAUGUUGAAAACGCCUUCUUAAAAAUGGCUGAGAAGAUUCAAGAAAAUGCAACACCAGUACAAAAUAUGUUGUCUUCUACUGUGCCAGUUAAUAGUACACAACCUGUCAAAAAAAGUGGGGGUUGCUGUUAA